ACCUUUGGCAAAAAAUGUGCUUUUUAUGUAUAUACGUCACAAAUCAUAAAUCAAUAAAGAGAAACUGAAUGUAUUCGUGUCUAGCUGAGAUGUACGCAAGAUUAAAGAUUAUCAAUGAAUCUGAUCUCUCAAGAAAAUAUCUAAAUAUUGAUUAAUAUUUUCUAAUUGGAUUAUUUCGUCGUAUCUGACAGUUGUAUCGAUGAUUCAACUGGAAUUCGCUGUUUUGCUGUGAGCAUGGUCUCGGAUUUUUUUUACCCAAAUAUGGGCGGCGUAGAGGAGCACAUCUUCAAUCUGUCGCAAUGCUUGCUAGAACAUGGACAUAAAGUAAUCAUACUUACACACUCAUACGGUGAUAGAGUAGGAGUACGCUACAUGACAAAUGGUUUGAAAGUAUAUUAUUUACCUGUUAAAGUUUUCUACAAUCAGUGCGUUCUUCCAACGAUGAUAUGCUCUCUUCCACUCAUCAGAUAUAUCUUCAUAAGAGAAGAGAUACAGAUAAUACACGGACAUUCUGCAUUCUCUGCUUUAGCACACGAGGGAAUGUUGAUUGGUAGAUUGAUGGGUCUAAAAACGGUCUUUACAGAUCAUUCUCUUUUUGGUUUUGCUGAUGCGUCUGCUAUCCUGACAAAUAAAUUCCUUGAGAUAUCAUUGGUCGACUGUGAUCACUGCAUAUGUGUCUCUCACACUGGUAAGGAGAAUACAGUAUUACGAGCAAAAGUGCAAAGGGAAAAGGUAUCGGUUAUUCCAAACGCCGUCGACACUGCAUUAUUUACGCCUGACGUCAGUAAACGGAACAACGAUUUUAUUACCAUAGUAAUAGUGUCGCGGUUAGUGUACAGGAAGGGUGUCGAUCUUUUAGCCCAUAUAAUACCCGAGAUUUGUUCGCGUUAUAAAAAUGUGCAAUUCUUGAUUGGCGGAGAUGGCCCGAAGAGGUGGCUCAUAGAAGAAGUGCGGGAAAGAAAUUUGCUGCAACACAGGGUUACCUUGUUGGGCAGUCUAGAGCACUCUCAAGUCAAGCAUGUCCUAAAUAAGGGUCACAUCUUUUUGAAUACGAGCUUAACGGAGGCUUACUGUAUGGCUAUCGUAGAAGCAGCUUCUUGCGGUUUGCAAGUAGUCUCGACGAAAGUCGGAGGCAUUCCAGAAGUUUUGCCACCGGAUCUAAUUUAUCUCGUGGAACCAACCGUACCUGCAUUAAUUGAGGGGCUAGAAACGGCUAUAGCAGAUUACAAAAGGGGCAACGUGAGAUGCCCUUUUGAGAUGCACAGGAGGAUAGGGAUAUUUUACAACUGGUUCAACAUCACGAAACGCACGGAAAUAGUGUAUAAUUUAGUGAAACACAAGGCCAAAAGGAAUCUAGGCCAGCAAUUGGCGAGUCAAAUCCGAAGUGGCGUACUGGCCUAUCUACUUGUAGUAUCGUUAUGUUACAUAAUACUACAAAUUCUGGAAUUUUUCGUGCCUAGAAAGUACAUCGAUAUUGCCCGGGACUAUAAUGAAAUCCAUGUAUCUUCCAAUGGAAAAGAAAAAGAAAAUUAACUGUGUCAAAAAUUAGCAAAAGUCUCGGAAACGCUUCUCUAUGUGUUCAAGUAUUUUAUUCUAUACUUUGAAAACAUUCCAGAAAACUUGGUUUUUGCAAAAAAAUGAUUGUUAUACAGGUAAAUGGAGUGUACCUCCGUAUAAGAAUUGCACAUUUACCGAUAAAGUUUUAAAGGAAUAUAAAUAUAUAUGUACAUAGAUGUUGUACAGAGAGAUAACAAUAUAACAAAAGAUAAGCGCAAAGUACAAAUAUCACGACACUGGUUCGUAGAAUUACAACUGACGUAACUGUUUAUAUAACAAUUUUAUUUGCUACAUCAUUCUGUUCUCAUAAUUUGUGUCUCUUUGAAAUAAACAGAUAACGCAUGUCAACAUCCGACGUUGAACGAUCAGAUCGUUUAUGAAAAUAAUGUAAUUUGUCCAUUAAAUGAUUUUUAUUAUGACACAUGACAUCGUAUGAAUCAAUGCGUAACAUGUAUAACAAUUUGUAACGAGAUAUCCAACCGUAACGCCGUUCAUCCCGCAUACAUGUAAUAUAUAUGCUUAAGAAAGAUAUUUAUUGCGUCAUUGGCAUUACAAAAUAUCGUCGUGUGUAGUAGAUAUCGUUUGUGCUUAAGCAAUUGACAACUAUCUUUUUAAGCAGUUAUUUGUAGCAAUAUGUGAAGUAAAAAGGUUAAUUUGUGUUCCUGUAAUCCACGAUGAUGGUGCAUCAUCAUCUCAGUAUUUUUUUCAAGUGUUUUUUUUUGCAUAAGAUAAAAUAAUUUUAUUGUAAGUUUAUCGUUUUUUCCAUCACAAGUUUGUUGUAUCUUUAUUUUUUUCAUCGACAGUCAGUCUGUAUACAGAGCAUAUGAAAGGAAAAAGUCUAAGAUAUAUGUUAACUCAUAAAAACAUUAACAAGCAACGCGUAUUAUAUCUCAAUUUCCGAUAUUGUAAGCUAAAACUUUGUAUGAUUACUAUGUGAUGUUCUCGAUAUUAAGACGUUUCAAUUUCGAUAGAUAAUAAAUUUAUUUUUUGAAACAAUAAAAA